AUGGCGCCGUCUCUUACCGCCCAUCCGUCCUUUACACGUCCGCGAACGGGCGACCGAGAUGGCCGCCCUGUCACGCGUGAUCAGGCCGAUGCGAACCUUAUUAUUCCCAGCCGGACGUCGUCCCUCCACUCCCGCAUCACGCAACCGAUUCCGUCGACGUUAAACAUCAAGCCCCAGCAACGGACUCCCAAGACCCUCACUCAUGCUUACAUGGUGUGCGGCGUCGGCCGUGAGCCGUCGCAAUGGGUCAAGGCUCCGGCACCUGCGCAAGGGAAAAUUAGCCACAUGAAGGGUGCUGUCGGCCAGUUUUGGCUUCCCGAGAUCCUGGGAAGUAGCCCAAGGUUGGAGCAGGACAAUGAGAUUGCCCGGGCUCUGCACGCUGCUAUGAGGGCUUGUUUCCCCCAUGAUGUGGAGAUUUGUACCGGUAGAAGCCAACCCCACUGCGUUCACCACGCUUUUGUGCUCCAACAGGACUCGUCUCAUACCCUCUACGGGAUCUGCCUCCGCGUCUGGUCGCGCGCUGAUGAGAAGCGAGCCGAGACUAUCCGGGAGCUCAGGAAACGGACCGAGCCGGACUUCUACGACAAUCCGGAUGAGCAGUACUGGAUUCCCUACUGCCUUUCUUUCCUCUCACGAUACCCUCUCUAUAACUUGCUCGGUGAUUAUUUACGCGGCAUGUGGAUCCACUGGAACAAGGCUACGAACCUCUUCCACGCCGAGGAGGUAUCCCGCAUCCUGAGCUUCCCUGCACCUCGCCUGAACGACUUGGUCCGCAUCGACAUGAAGGACUAUGCGCUCUGCUACCAGUUCCCCUCCUCGCCUACGGGCUUCCAGAAUUUUGCCAUGUGGCCCCUGUUCUGUUGUCUUUCGAUUCCUAAUAUUGUCGGCGUCAUCGAAGCGGCCAUCUCGCCUACGCGCCGCAUCAUCUUUGUCAGCCAUUAUCCGGCGAUGCUGACCAUGGCGGCCGAGACGGUGCGGUUUUGCGUUCGUGUCUACGAAUGGAGCGGCUUGUACGUCCCGAUAGUGCACGCACGACAUGCCAAGGACCUCGUAGAGGAACCGGGUCCAUAUAUCCUUGGCAUUACGGCCGAGUGCAGAUCGCUCUUCACCGCGCCCGCGGAUGCUUUGGUGGUCGAUCUCGACCGCAACUUUGUCCUCACGAACAAUCCGCCCACUGCGCUCUCACCUGGCCAGCGCAACAAGUUCGUAACCAGGCUCACCCAAGCCCUCAACGGCGAUGUCACGCCGUCCGGUGUACCUCAGCAUUUGCGCUCCGCAUACGGCGGCGGAAAGUUAGUCCCCGCCGGUCAAAUCAUCGUUAUGCGUGGUGAGGUUGAGUCCAUUCAGGAUCCCGACUGGUGGAACCAGGAUGCCGUAAUGGCGGUCAUGGACCAUGUCUGCGAGAAAAUGGGUCGCAACACUGGCCUGAAGGCUGUCUUUGGCGGAUCGGUCAAGAAGCCCCUGAUGACCAAGGUGUCGAUGAGGCAUCUGAACGAGAUUGUCCGAGAGCGGAAUCAGUAUUCGCGAGAUGCUCUGGAGGCUUGGCAGGACUUCAUCAACCUGAAAGGGCGUAUGGACACAGAGCUCAACAAAGUUACCAAGCGGAACAACUAUCUCAUUGAGGAGCUUGAAAGCUGGAAGCAACAGUUCCUCAAAUUCCAAGCCUUUGCAGACACUCUCACCAAAGAAACACAGGAUCUCAAAGUCAAGAUCGAGAACCACAAGCGCGAGAAUCGCCGCCUGGCAGGUCUCAUCGAUCAACAAAAGGACGACGCUGCUAGACUUUCGGUCCGUCUUGCCGGCACUGAGAAACAGCGUGACGAUGCUCUCGAGGCGCUUGUUCUACAGCAAGAAAUUGCCGAGGAGCUUGAGCGGGAACGCAAGAGGAAUAGGAAGGAGCUCAGCGCGCUUCAGCACACCAAUGCGACCAUCGCCCGGCAACGCGACGAAGCUCGGAGGGUUGUGCUGCAUCUGCGCAGCUUGAUCUCUGGCCAACACCAUCACAUGGAACAUCUCGUCAAGACGCUGACGUCCCCCGACGAGCUCGCUGCCGAGAUUGAGGCUGGCUUUGCUGCCCAAGAGGAGGCCGAAGCUGCUGCUUUGGGUAAGAAAUCUCCAUCCCAGAAGCUUUGGCAAAUAUGCACUUCUGACCCACUUUUAGAAGGUUCCGAGGACAAGGACGACGCACGGUUCAUCAAGAACCUCACGCUUGCGAGCAGGCGCCUGUCUACUCAGACCUUCAUCGACGUGGCGGACCGUCAUCUCAAGGAUAAGACGGAUGCUAUCGCCCACAUUAUCCGCAACAUUGCGGAACAGUGCCAGGCCGCUGUUGAAGGCCUACAACUUGCCCAGGACGCCGAGCUUGGGAGGUCGGAAUCUCCGGCCUCCCGUGCUCGGGAGUUAUCGAAAAGUCGCCGAGGGAGUUCUCUCUCAAUCGCACCCAGUGACGACGGGACCGUCUCGGCGGCGACGUCCGAUGUCGGUGACGAUAGCGCCCGUCUCCGACCGAGCAGCGGUCGCAUCUCUAGCAUCCCACCCACACCGGAUCUCAUUCCCAACCGCAGCAGCACUAGCAUGUCUAUCGCUAGCACGGCCACGACCCCUGAGCGGUCCUCCCAGCAGUACGGUAUCGGAGGAGGACUGGGACACGACAUCCCUACGAAGAUUGUCGAGGACGACGAGGACCACGAUGUCCUCUCCGGUGACCGUUCCGAGUCCGAGGCCAACCCCAUCCCCCACCCCCACCCGCACCAGGAACCGGGGGUCGUGGGUAAGCACCCCGAGAGUCUGAUUCACCGUCCGUCGGGUGCGAGGAUCAGCGCCCUGGGGAACUCUCGCUGA